AUGGCGGCGGCGUGGCUAUGGCGGCGGCUCUGUCAGGGAUCAGCUUUUCCUAUCAAUUAUGCAAGCAGAAUUACGCAAAAGCAGCGUUUUUUCCCCAACUCCAACUUGAUGGGAAUACGGCUGGCUGGAUCCCAUGUUGAUACACAGAAGCCUAAGACUAAUCCUUUGGUGUCUAUUUCAGAUGAGCCAGAAACACUGUAUAAGAGAUUGUCCCUUUUAGUUAAAGGCCAUGAUAAAGCUGUGUUGGACAGCUAUGAAUAUUUUGCAGUGCUUGCAGCUAAAGAACUUGGCAUCUCUGUUGAAAAAGUACAUAAACCUCCAAAGAAGAUAGAACGAUUGACGCUUUUAAAAUCUGUACACAUUUACAAGAAGCACAGAGUUCAGUAUGAAAUGAGAACACAUUAUAUGUGUUUGGAGUUGAAAUACCUAACAGGCAGUACUGCUGCAGUUUACUUGGAGUAUGUUCAACGAAACUUACCCGAAGGGGUUGCCAUGGAAGUAAAAAAGACUAAAAUAGAGAAAAUACCCGAACACAUUCAGGAACCAGUUUGGGAUACACUACCUCAAGUAGAAGAAACUGAAGUUAAGUCAUGAACUCACCAGGUACUUGGCUUCAUUAGUGCUGAAAUCAGUUGCUCUUAUCAACCUAAUUUACUGAGACAGUCUACUGUUAAAUAAAAGUUUUCUUAUAAAGUUAAUUACAUAAACUGUUGUUUCAUCGAGUUACUCUUGAUCAUAACUCCAGUAUGUGUCGACUGAACACCUAUAAAGUGAAGAAGUUUGACUGUACUCUGUGAUCAAGAACUGUGGUCAUCUAUAUGUUGGUAGAAAAGUAAAAUUUAUUUUUAUUUAUA